UAACUCCAUUAUAUUGAUUUGUUUGUAUCUACAGAACCUAAUUUCCACCUCUCUUAUAGUUCAUUUUUUUCUCUUGUGUCUCAUAUUUGAUCAAUGGAGUUAGAAUUAGGACUCAAAAUCACCAAAAGUACAGAUGAUAUUACUUCCACCACCACCAACCUAAGGAUAGCCAAAGACUCCUCAGGCCCUGUUUUUAUCUCUAGGGAAACUGAUACUAAGUUCAUCCUCACUGCCCAUCUAAAAGGUUUUGUAAGAGAACAAAUUGGGAUCAAUAUCAAUGAAGAAGGAACAGAAAUCUCUAUUAGUGGGGAAAGGCCAGUUAAGGAGUUGGUAAUGUCUGGAUGGAUGAUGCAGAAGAAGGAAGUGGAGUUGAAAGGAUUCAUCAAAGUUUUUCGCAUACCGGAUGGCGUAAUUUUGGAUCGAAUCAAAGCGAAAUUCAACAACCAAGAAUCUGUUUUAACAAUAGUCAUUCCAAAAUCAAGUAAAGGAAUUAGAGGUGUUGGGAUUGAAGAAGUGAAAGAAGAAGAGGUUGUUAAUAAAGAUGAGACUGAUCAUGCUACUAUUAGUGAAGAACAAACUCAUAAGAUCAUGCCAAGAACUGAAGAAUUGAAAGUUGAUGAGCCAAAGAGUGAUGAAUCUAAUGGGGUUGAUGAAAUGUCUAAAAGAAAUGAGACAAGAAUUGAACCUGAGAUUAUAACAAAUGAAGAAACAUUUCAAGAAAUUAAGCCAACACAACCAUUACCAAGUGAAGAAGAAGCAAAGAGAAAAGAGUUACCUGGAAUAAAAGAGGAGACUUGUGAAGAGGGUUUGGAACCUGUUCAUGUAAUAGAAGAAAACAAAGAUGAAGAUAAGGAAUGUAGUAGUAGUUGUGGUGAUGAUGAUGAUGAGUCUGCCAUGGUGGAAAAACAGGAAGCAAUUGAAGAAAAGGGUAAGGAUAAAGCAAGUGGUGGAAGUUCAAGAAGGAUUAAGUUGUGUGUUCCUUGUGUCAUAGCAGGUUCUACCAUUAUUGUCUCCAUUGUUGUGUUUGCAGUUCAUUGGAUCAGAACCAAGAAAAGAGAGGUUCACUAAACUUAGAAUUUUAACUUCUUUUUUUUUCAUCUAUUUGAGUUGUGUUAAUUUGAAGCACAUAGUUCUUCAUUUGCAAGUGAUGAAAUCAAAUUCUCUUAUCAAAACUUUUGGUGCACAAAUAAAUGUCAAGGCUAAAAUAUGAAGAAGGGUCGUACACCAAAACUAUAAUCCAAGGUUUUUUUGCCAGGAAAAGAUAAUAUAAUAAGUUACUAAUUUAGUGUA